CAACCUCUCUCUCUCUCUCUCUCUCUAAGUACCUUCUCCCGCACGCCUCUAGACUCAUUAGCUUCAUAUAGAGGACACAUAAUCCCUCUCCUCACUUCUCUCCUUGACUUGGGUUCUCUCUUUGAUAAGUUAGUCAUGUCUACAGAUCUUGAAUUGCAGCAUAGUUUGCCGGAGAUCCGUCUACGGCCUAUUUCCACCGCCGCUGCUGCUGCCGCUGCCGCCGUUGAGGAGGUGGAAACACAACAACCUUCGCCUAAUGAAGCAAUUGAGAAUUCUGUGAAUCACAGAGAUGGCCGGGGUGGUGAUGUUAUUGAAGAAGAAAAAGAAGAAGAAGAAGAAUGUCGAACGCCGACGUCGGAAGAUCACAAGAUACCGGUGAUGCGAAGCUGCCCACCUGCACCAAAGAAACAAAGAAAGGUGGCGUCUUGUAAGAGGAAAUUAUCAGAUGAAUUGUACUUCUUCGAAAUCGUGGGUCGCGACGAAGUUGAAUCUUUUUUCAGAUCAUCUUCCAGUUUCAAUAUCAAGAAGAGAUGCUGUUCCAAUUCCAAAUCCAAAUCCAGGAAGAACAGCAAGUCUGAGUGAUUGAUGAUGAAGUGAAGCUUCUCUGUAAUUAAUUAUUCUCAACUGUGUUCGUCGGAGAUGGAUCGACAGCCACCAUUAAUGAGUAUUUUUUUUCGAUUGUUGUAUGUAGAAUUAGACAGAAUUCGGGCGGCUCUCUUACUUCAAUUCAGAUUUGGUUUCACUCAUUCUCCUGAUCCUCCGAGUUCGGGAUCCAAUCGGGAUCUGCACCCAAGUUUUUAAUUAUUAUAAAAUUUACUGUAUUACUU